UUACUUCCGGGAGACGCGUUGGCAAUUUCCUAAACACAGCGCUCAGUCACCCCAGCGUCACCGCCCGAGGCCAGCAGCGGGGCGGCAGUGUGUGUGCGUGUGUGUGCGUGUUGGUGGAUGUCCACCAGCGGCUGGAAGGCGCCCGACAGAAGCUGACGACGCUCGGACACCGGUUGGACAUGAGCAGGUUGCCCUGACAUGGACACAGAGAUGAUUCCCAAAUUUUCGUCAAAGGAUGAGGAAGUUGAUUACUGGAAGUCACAAGCCCACAAAUAUAAGAAAAGUUGCCACGAUGCACAGGAGGAGCUGCAGGAGUUCCAGGAAGGGAGCCGCGAACUGGAGGCGGAGUUGGAGGCACAGCUUAGCCAGGCGGAACACCGCCUCCGAGACCUACAGACGGAAAACGAGAGACUGAAGAACGAGGUGGCCAACCUCAAGGAGAAGCUGGAGCAUCAGUACACCCAGAGCUACAAGCAGAUUUCUAUGCUGGAGGACGAUCUGGGCCAGACACGCAGCAUCAAGGAGCAGCUCAACAAAUACGUCCGUGAGCUGGAGCAGGCCAACGACGACCUGGAGAGAGCCAAAAGGGCUACAAUCGUGUCUCUUGAGGAUUUUGAGGGCCGUUUAAACCAGGCAAUCGAGAGAAACGCCUUCCUGGAGAGCGAGCUGGAUGAGAAGGAGUCUCUGCUCGUGUCUGUGCAGCGGCUGAAAGACGAAGCACGGGACCUGCGACAGGAGCUGGCAGUCCGGGAGCGGACGACAGACAGGAUGUCAGCACCCAGCUCACCCACCUCAGACAUCGAUAAGAUAGACUCCGCAGUACAGGCCUCUUUGUCCCUCCCAGCCACACCUGUAGGAAAAAGCAUAGAGCACCCGUUCAUCAGCCCAAAAGCUUUGACCAAUGGCUGUGGCAGCUCUGCCCUCACUCCAUCUGCUAGAAUCUCAGCUCUUAACAUCGUUGGUGAUCUCCUGAGGAAAGUCGGGGCCUUGGAGUCCAAACUCGCCGCCUGUAGGAACUUCGCCAAAGACCAGACGGCAAGGAAAAAUUACUCCACCGACAAUGGUACACUCAUCAGCAGCAAUGCCACCAAAUUCUCCCACUCUCUACAUACCUCCUACUACGACAAAACGACUGUUAACGGAUUGGACCCAAGCACCUUGACCUCCAUGGCAACAACCAGAGCUGUGUCUCCACCGGGGAUGCUGCCUCUGAGUGUGUGAAGUGUCCCCCCUUCCCCCAAUGCCACACAAACCUCCACUGCAACUCCUACCCACCCAUCACAAUGUGGGAACAGAGAGGACACUUGAAAGACCAAUACAUUGUGUGUGUGUGUGUGUGUGUGUGUGUGUGUGUGUGUGUGUGUGUGUGUGUGUGUGUGUGUGUGUGUGUGUGUGUGUGUGUGUGUGUGUGUGUGUGUGUGUGUGUGUGUGUGUGUGUGUGUGUGUGUGUGAGAAAGUGAGUGAGAGCAAGAGUGAUGACGUAGAGUGAUGUGGGCGUUUGCCUGUUUGGGAUUGUGUUUUUUUUAAUUUUUUGAACCUGAUGUGUGGAUGCGAGGCUCUGACCAUACAAUUAACCAGCCUCCAGUUUGCAGCUCUAAAAUGCAUCUGUGAGUAGGUGCACGGUUCUUCGUGCAUUCAGUACGUUUCCUAUGACUUGCAUGUGCCUAAAGCUGCACAGCUCUGUAACGUGCUCGUAUGAAUGUCAUCGCAAUGUGUUGCUUUCUAGCUGUCAACUCUGAUGUGGUUAAUGCUUUUCAGUUCCACUGUUCAUCUGAAAACUACUAUCCCUGACAAACGGUUCUUAACAGACUAAAGCUUCACCUUAACCCUUCUUAUUUUUCCCCCUGUAUUUUCACUUAAAUUGCACAGUUAAACUACUAAAGUUAAUUUAGAAUGUAUUGUAUUUAAAAAAGGGAUAUGUUAAUAUUGACAAAUUUAUCUCACAGUAUGCUUUAAAAUGCAAUAUUUUCUGUUUGCAAAUUUUCCUGCAUGUGUGCAUAUUUAAAGUGGGGUAGGAGAGUCGUCGUCGUCGGGCCCCGUGUUAAAGACUGAAGUGAAUGUUGAUCGUUCAAAGCCAUGUAGUUCUGGUGCACAGUCGCUCCUCUCGUUACUGGCGACUCGCAGUAACUCAUUUUGGAAGUAGUCUCCGUUCUGGGACUGUCUUCCGGGUUCAACCUGCACUUAAGCCUCGCUCCUCGCUCGCAGGUUUCGCUAGCGGGCGAGUGUUUCCAACAUCCGUUGGCAAUUUGAGGGGAACAGUUUUGCCUUCUUUUUUUUUUUUUUAAAUGUUUGAUGUAUAGAUUUUUUUUUUUUAUUAAGUAUUGUGACAGGCUCAUUUACCUCGCUCUGAUUUAAUGCCACAGUUGGUUUCGAUGAGAAGGUGGAUUCCAUUUUCAUGAAACUCACACAAGCACACUCAAAGAAAAACGACUGACUCAAAGAUUCUUCGUGAGACCGUUUGUUAGCUUUGGUUUGUGUGUGUGUUGGUUCAUGGUGAAGUGUGCAGCCUUUGUGUCAUGCAGCAUAUUUUCAGAGUACCUGUUAAUUUGACUUUUAGCAGGUUUUGAUUUUGAUUUUGUCUGAAUCAAUUUCGCCCGCACUUUUCUCCCUGCCACAAAUCUUUCUGUGGCCAUUUUAACAUCCUGGAGCAUAUUCAAAGCCUUUUAGUAUUCAUAGUAAUUUAAUUAUAUGAGAUGUCACAUGUGUACAUAGCAGGAUUGUCAUUUUGCCGAGCACCAUAUUGUACAUACUGACAUUUGGCAUUGAGGUCCUAUUUAUUUCAGAUUCUGUAUGGCAUGUGUUCAAAUAUCGAGUUUUACUAUAUAAGCAGUGGUUACGUUCACUGUGUUACGAUAUCAAAUUGUUUGUCCAAACUGUUUAUGUAAAUAAAGACUGAGAUGAUAAA